AUGUUGUUCAAGAGUCUAGCUGCUGCUACAGUGGCGUCGCUAUUUUCCAGCUUCGUAACAGCUGCUGAUUUGCCUGCCAUUGAGGUUGUCGGUAACAAAUUUUUCUUCUCCAACAACGGUUCUCAAUUUUAUGUCAGAGGUGUCGCUUAUCAAGCGGACACUGCCAAUGGAACGCAGGAUGAAACUAUCAACGAUCCUUUAGCAGAUUUCAGUAAAUGUUCCAGAGACAUUCCAUACUUACAAAAAUUGAACACCAAUGUUGUGCGUGUCUACGCUAUCAACACUACUCUCAACCACGACCAAUGUAUGAAUGCUUUGAACGAUGCAGGUAUCUACGUUAUUGCUGAUUUGUCCGCUCCAAAAGAGUCGAUUGACAGAAUGAGCCCAAGCUGGGAUCUGGGUCUAUAUGAACGUUACACGUCUGUGGUGGAUGAAUUUUCCAAGUACCCAAAUGUCUUGGGUUUCUUCGCUGGUAACGAAGUGACCAACAACAGCACUAACACCGACGCAUCUCCUUUUGUUAAAGCUGCUAUCAGAGACAUGAAGGCAUACAUGAAGCAGAAAAACUACAGAUCUAUUCCGGUCGGUUACUCUUCUAAUGAUGACAGUGACACCAGAGUUCCUAUGGCCGAUUUCUUUGCCUGUGGUAGCAGUGACGAGAAGGCGGACUUUUACGGUAUUAACAUGUAUGAAUGGUGUGGUGAUUCCACCUUUGAGGCUUCUGGGUACGCUGAUAGAACUAAAGACUUCGCUAACUUGAGUAUCCCAAUUUUCUUCUCUGAGUACGGUUGUAACGCAAUUCCGCCCAGAAAGUUCACUGAAGUUCAAGCACUGUACGGUCCAAAUAUGACUAAUGUCUGGUCAGGCGGUAUUGUGUAUAUGUAUUUCGAGGAGGCAAACAACUAUGGUUUGGUCAGCAUCGAUGGUAGCGGUGAUGUGAAGACUUUAGAUGAUUUCGGCUACUACUCUUCAGAGAUCAAUAACAUUUCACCAUCUUCUGCUAACACCGCUUCUUAUUCUGCCUCUGCUACUUCUUUGGACUGUCCUGCAACCAACACUUACUGGAUGGCUGCCACCGAACUGCCACCAACUCCAAGCCAAGACUUAUGUGACUGUAUGUCCGCUGCUUUGUCUUGUGUUGUCAAUGACAGUGUCAAUGAAACUGAUUACCAGGACUUGUUCGAUUAUGUUUGCGCCCAAAUUUCCUGUGACGGUAUCGUUGCAAAUGGUACUUCCGGUGACUACGGUUCUUACUCGUUCUGUAACGCUAAGGACAAGCUCUCCUUCGUUUUGAACUUGUAUUACACCAAGAAUGGUGGCAGCAAAUCCAACUGUGAUUUCAGCGGUUCUGCUACUCUACAAUCUGCUUCCACUCAGAGCGCUUGCGCCACCGUUCUAAGUCAAAUUGGUAGCAGUGGUACCAAUAAACCAAGUUCCUCUGUCUCCUUCAGUGGGUCAAAGUCAGUAUCGAGCUCUGGCUCCGGUUCCAGCAGCAAGUCUGGCUCUUCAACCUCAAGUGGAUCCUCUGGUAGCUCCACUAGUACUGGCAAGAAAAACGCUGCCAUUUCUAAUGCUCACAUUAACUUGUCUCAAGUCAUUCUGUCUUCUAUCGCCACGAUCUCCUUGGUUGCUGGUAUCGGUUUUGCUUUGGCUUAG